AUGAAAGGUGGGCUUUUGGUAACAGUCGCAUUCGCGGCUACCCUGGUUGCGGUUUUUGCUGGUGAUGUACCUAUACGUCCGAUCCCAACGGAAUGUCCUGACGUAGACUCAGAUGAUUAUACUGUACAUAUAAAACACGAAAGCGAUUGCACGAAAUUUUAUAAGUGUCAAACCGGAGACAAGAUUUUGAUGGAAUGCCCAUACAUGAACAAAGCUAAGACACGAAGAUUACACUUCAACGCUUUGUACCAAGUUUGCGAUUGGCCAGCAAGAGCCGGUUGUAAAUCAGGACAAGUAAGUAAGACAACACCAUCGGGAUCGGUUGGAUGGGAUCCAUCGUGGACUUGCUCAAAUACCCCCUUGGGCACCAAUUUACCACACGAAACGCGUUGCUACUUGUUCUACCAGUGUACCGUUAACGGAAGAUUACUCCAAGAAUGUCCCCAAGGAAAAUAUUUCAACCCGUACAGUCAGGUCUGCGAUAAUUCUGACAGAUGUCCAAUCACGAAUGUUUGCAAGAAUUACAAGGGCUCCGAAGGCAAGUUUUUCCCUGAUCCAGUCUCUUGCAAAAAUGUAUAUUAUUGCAAGGGCGUCAAGACCGCGGUAUACGCCUGCGACGAGGACGCAGAAUGGAGCGUACAAUUUGGCAAAUGCAUGUCAAUCAGUGAGGCUAAUUGUUCGCGAAAACUUGCCUAUUACAAGCAGUAAUUAAUUCAACGAGAUAUUAUCGUCUAACUUAUACAUCUUAGUAUAAGGCAUAAUCUAUAUUUAAUAUUUUAUUCGUAAUUACUCGCAUAACUUAUUUCGUGUUCGCUUUUUUAGCGUCUAAUUGAAUACAAUUAUUUUAACACUAAACCUAUCACGCAGGGUCAAAUGACCGCGUCCUGUAAUUUGUAAGAAUUGCGGUAAGCACGCAUAAAAUGUACAUUAUGCAUUUCUAAAUAAAAAAAAAUAUAUUACUCGCAAUCGAAUUGACUAAAAUCUCAUUCUAUAUUUAUUUUAAUAUAUGUAUUUUUCUUUUUUUUUUUUGUUUUUUUUUCUUUUCUUUUUUAAAGUGGUCGUUUGACCACUCACGGUAGGAAUAUGUAUACAUGAAGUGUCGGCAGGUUUAGUGUUAAUAUACAUAAUUAUCGUCGUAGUUACUUUCUUCUAUUACCAUCUGUAAAUUUGUUACGUUGUCUUAAAGUCAAUUAUUAACUGUUCGAAUUUAUGUGAUCAAAUAAAGAUUUAAUUAGACACUAAUUUAAUAAAGUUAUUCACUUUAAUAAAAGGAAAUUGGACUGUGUGCUAUUAAAAAAAUACCUAUGAUAAACUUAUUUUGCGAAGGUACAUGUAUUUAAAAAUUAUUACACAUUUCUAACAUUCCAAGGCAUUAGAGUGUUAAAUAACUUACAAAGUAAAGGUAUGUCAAAAGUAAAUGAUUAAAUGAAGAAAAGUUAUUAAAUGAAAUUCAUAUUAAAAUGUCUGAAGUUCUAUUUAUUCUUCAGAUACCUUUAGUAAAAUUAAAUAAUAUACAUUUACAACUACGACUACACACAAAUGAUACUAAGAGAAAUGCGUGUACACGUAAAAAGAAAAGAAAAAUAAAGGAAAAUCAUAAUUAAAUAAGGAUUAAAUUGAACAUGAAACUUUUGCGAUACCUUCACUGAACGAUACCAUUACAAUUCGCAAAGAAUGUGUUUGCUAAAAAAUAAAUUAUUAUAGUAAGAAUUUAAACGCUAUCGGCCCUAAAGCAUAUUUUAAUCAUUUAUUUACACAUUCCUUAUUGCAUAGUAUAUUUUUGUUUAACGCGAAUUAUGUUUCUGUACAUGCGUUAUGAUUAUUAUACCCUAUCGAAAGGGAAUUACGUAAGUUACGCUUAUAUUUAUUAAUAAUAUUGUGUAAUUAUUCAUUUUACAUAAUAUUUAUAUCAGUUUGUGCUAUUACCAAAAUGAUCAUAGUUCAAUAAUUCAUUGAUAAAUGUUUUAUACCGAUCCUAUGUUACGGAACUUUUACUUUCCAUUGUUUUCAAUAUUACAGGUAAAAUAAUUAUUAUUUCCUUGUAUAUACAAUAGCAGAGCAACAAUUAACAUUAAAUUUUAAUAUCAAUUUUGGGAAUAACCGCCAAAAGUGUCUCCUCCUUAUCUCUAUUAAAAAUUAACUGGUUAUUUAAUGCAGAUUUAUGUAAAUGUAAAUAUAACGAUAUAAGCAUAUAUGCGCGUAAUCUCAUAUGUGUACAUAAUGUGCAGUUGGUUCCCGUUUCUCAUAGUAUCAUAGAUAUCAACCGUUCAAAAAUAUUACCUCGUAUAUACAAUUUUUCUUCUGUUAAAAUAUUACUUUCAAUCCAUAGAAGAGACGAGACUUCUUUGAAUUGAAAUCAACAUUUAAUCAAUAAAAGCUGAACAUUUGAGGCAUUGUUUUUCAACUGUCGAUAUGUGUAUUAGCAGAAUUUACAUUAUUAUUUAUUGUAUCACAUAAGAAGUUUUAAUUUAUUUACAGUAACAUUUUAU